AUGGUGAGCUACGUCCGUCAAUACGUGAGCACCUGCGUAGUGUGCCAGCGCUCCAAGCCGCCGCGACACGCACCGUACGGACUACUCAACCGACCAUGGGGGAGCGUUACCCUCGAUUUCAUCGAAGGGUUGCCAGAGUCUGGAGAUGAGAGGUACAACUCGAUCCUGGUGGUUGUAGAUUGGCUCACAAAGUAUACGGUGUUUGCCCCGUGUGCUAAAACCACCACGGCCGAGCAGACCGCGCAGCUCUACCUUGACAAGGUGUUCCCCUUCUUUGGCGCCCCCAACUCCAUCCUGUCCGACAGAGGAAGUCAAUUUGUGUCCUGUUUCUGGAGGUCGUUUGCCGUGUUACUGGACGGCCAAGCAACGUUGAGCGCCGCGUACCACCUGCAGACAGACAGACAGACCGAGCGGGUGAACCAGGUGCUGGAGCAAUACCUGCGCAUCUACACUGGCAAGCAUCAGUCGGAGUGGACGUUACACUUGCCAUUAGCGCAGUUUGCGUACAACAACACUCUGCACUCCACGAUCGGAGUGUCUCCCCUGUUCGCGACGCUAGGCUUCCACCCCAAAUUGUUCCCGUCUUCCACGGUGGCAGGAGUGCACGAUCCCCGAGCCGCCGCCUUUGUUCAAGACAGGGCAAAAUUGGUUGAGGCCUGCAAGCAAGGGAUCGAGCGCGCGGCGGCGUCAGCGGCCAAAUACUACAAUUCUGGGAGAAAGCCACUGAGCCUCACGGUGGGAGACCAGGUACUGCUGCGCACGAGGAACCUCACCGUGGAUGCGCCUUCCAAGAAGCUAACGGACCUGCUGGUGGGCCCCUUUGUCAUUAGCAAACGAGUGGGACAACGGGCGUAUCAGUUGGAGCUGCCGCAAACGUGGCGGUGCCACCCGGUGUUUCAUGUCAGCCUGCUCAAACCGUUCCGCGCCAACCGAGCCCUGCGUGCAUAUCCUCAGACCAUUCCUGACAACUCCGACCUGGCGGCGAGGGACUGA